AAGAGUGCCCCUCCCCCAGCCAGAGGGCAGGGCAGAGGCAGCAUGGGCUGUGGCCUCCAGUGGUGACCAGCCCUGCCAUGGGAAACAACAGUUCUCACAAGAGAACCAAAGUGCCCAAGCAGGCCUGCAGGGAGAGGCCACCUGACAUGGACAAGGCUGGGUGGAAACAGCAGUUCUUCAGCCAUCUCAAGCGGAAGAAGCCAAACGCCAAGAUCGUGCUGCUUUUCCCCUUGGACAAGCAGCAGCAGCUAUCCGACGUGGCGGCGGGCUCAGGCGCGCGGCCCGGGCAUCCAGGCGAGGACGCGACGGGCGCCCCCGUGGGCUCCCCGGCGGCGGCGCCCACGCUGCGAGGAGCGGGCGACUGCGCUGAUCGGCGCGAGGGCGCACGCGCGCGAGAGAUGAAGACGCUCUUGGUCCUGCUGCUGCUGCUGGACGCGCGGCUGCAGGAGGGGCGCUGCGCGGCCCGCGCGCCCGGAGCGGGGGGCGGGGCCAAGGUCGCGCAGGGCUGGCAGCGGCUCUACUCGCGCCUGCUGACCGACGUUCAGGCGAACCGCGAGGCCGACCCCGCCGAGGAGCAGCCGCGCAAGCGGCGCCGCUGCCCUCGCCCGCGGCCCUGAGCGCCCGGCCCGUGG